CGCGCCCGCAGGAUCGAUAGCGCGCGUCGGGAGAGGCCGUUUUGAACAGGGCUCUCGAGGAGCGCCCCUAGCGGGAGGGAGGCGGAACAGCACCGGCUCGCACCGCGGGCUGGCCCCACUCGGCGCCGGGCGUCGACUGCCGCCUAAGCGCCCGCGACCGAUACGGGCUGCCGGAGAAGCCGGGAGCGGGUGCCCGCCGUCGGCCACCGCCGGGCGCGGAAGCCCCUGCUGACCGGCUAACGGGCGGGGGCGCCCCAGCGCGGGUCGUCGCCGCCUCCGUAGCGCCCGUGCGCGUCGGCAGGGGGCGCGCGCGAGCCCCUCGGAGCGGCGCGCGCACCGGCCCGGCGCGGCGGAUGGCGGCGCCCGGCGCGGGGCCGGGGCGCGGGCCGCCCGCGGGCGUGGAGGCGGCCCUGCACAAGCUCGUGCUGCGGCAGAAGAAGGUGCUGAGCGCCGAGGAGAUGGAGCUGUACGAGCUGGCUCAGGCGGCGGGCGGCGCGAUCGACCCCGACGUGUUCAAGAUCCUGGUGGAUCUGCUGAAGCUGAACGUGGCGCCGCUCGCCGUCUUCCAGAUGCUCAAGUCCAUGUGUGCCGGGCAGAGGCUGGCCAGCGAGACCCCGGACCCCGCGGCCGCGCCGGCGCCCGCAGCCGCCGGCCCGGAGAGCAGAGCAGCUUUUGUCUCUGCCAAGAACCGUAGCCCCCCUGCAAGGCCCUCCUUUUCCUCGGCCCCCAGGCCUACGGCCUCUCCGGCACUGCUCCACGGCCCGGCUGCCACCUACUCGCCUCUCUCUCCAGGGCCCCCCGGGUCCCUCCGCCUCUCUUGCUGCCUGUUCUCUCCUUUCGCAGGGAGAAACAAAGGCAGCACUGCCCUCAGUGGAGGCUCAGCACUGGCAGAACGCAGCGGCCGAGAAGGUUCCAGCCAGAGGAUGCCCCGACAGCCCAGUGCAACCCGGCUGCCCAAGGGGGCUGGGCCCGGGAAAAGUCCUCCUCGGAGCAGUACCUGAGGGGCACAGACUGUUCACACGGCCUCCCCACAGGGGCUUCCUGCGUGGCGGUUGGUAAUAAAUCAUUUUGGAAAAAGCAGGAUCCCACUCAAGACCCCUG